UUUUUAUAUUUGUGUGGGUUUGUGUGCUUUUGUUUCUUUGUGUGUUUCUUAGUUUGUGUGUGCGUGCACAGGUAUGUGUGCGUGUGUGUGUUGACUUUGUGUGUGCGCCAGUAUUUGCAUAUACCCACUAGAAGAAGCACUGACAUGAUAAAAGAGAGGAUAACAGAUAUUGAUAAGGAAGGAAAGAAAUAGGGCGGACACUGUACAUCAGCCCUCAAUAAUUCAACAUUCAAAGUCUGAAUGGAGAAGUCUGGAACCCAGGAACCGGCCACCUUCAUGCCACCAGCCGGGGCAGGUUCAGGGCCAGGUUCAGGGCCAGGUUCAGGGCCAGGUUCAGGGCCAGGUUCAGGGCCAGGUCCUGGGGCAGGUUUGGUUGCUUCUAAGACACUGAGGGAGGACGAGGCGACAGCGGCGGCUUUGAACUCCAAACUGUUCGGAUGUAGGAUGAUGAGGAGGCUGAUACCCCUGGCCUACAGAGCAGAACUGUACCAUGUACUGAGGCUGUCCGGGCCCAUGCUUGUGGCUCGGCUCCUGAACUUCCUGCUGCCGUUUGUCAUCGCCAUUUUCUGUGGACAUAUAGGCAACUCAGAGCUGGCUGGAUUUGCACUGGCCUCUGCGGUCAUCAACGUGACCACGACGUCUACAGGCUACGGCCUGGCUGUGGCCUGUGACACACUCAUAUCCCAGACGUACGGUGCUCAUAAUCUGAAGCGUGUGGGCAACAUCCUGCAGCAGAGCAUCCUCAUUAUGCUACUCAUCUGCCUGCCCAUCUGGGGGCUGCUGCUCAACACGCAGUCCGUACUGCUCCUCCUCGCCCAGGAGGAGCAGGUGGCCAGAAUUGCCCAGCAGUAUAUUCUUUUCUUUCUCCCAGCCAUCCCAGCUAUGUUCCUGCACCAGCUGCAGGUCUCUUACCUUCAGAAUCAGGGGAUCAUUCUGCCUCAGAUGUACACGGCAGCCGCAGCUAAUGUAAUCAACCUUGGAGUAAACUAUGUCUUGAUCUUCACCCUCGACAUGGGCGUCAUCGGAUCAGCGAUAGCAAACAGCCUCUCUCAGAUCACCAUCUGCCUGCUCUUGUUUGGCUACAUCCUGCUGAUGGGUCUCCACAAGAAGACAUGGGGAGGCUGGUCCACUUCCUGUCUGCAGGACUGGGGGUCCUACAUGCAGCUGGCCAUCCCCAGCACCCUGAUGGUGUGGUUUGAGUGGUGGCUCUGGGAGAUCGGAUGCUUCCUCGCUGGUACUCUUGGCGAGGUGGACCUGGCUGCACAGCAUGUGCUGCUGGAGAUAGGAGCCAUCACAUACAUGUUCCCUUUAGGCAUCCACGCAGCUGCCUGUGUGCGUGUCGGGAACGCCCUCGGAGCUGGAGACACGAAGCAGGCCUUGGCCUCAUGCAAGGUCACCCUGACGCUGACAGCCAUGAUGGCUUUGUUGCAGAGUUUUGUGCUGCUGGGUUCCAAGUCUAUGUUGGGAUACAUAUUCACCUCUGAUGAACUUAUUGUGAGCACAGUCUCCAAAAUCCUGACGCUCUAUAUCUUCCUGCAGUUCUUCGACGCGCAGUUGUGUGUGUGCUCUGGGAUCCUGGUGGGCGCAGGGCAGCAGAAGAUAGCGGCGGUGGGCAACCUGGUGUCCUACUACUGCAUCGGCCUUCCUGUCGGGGGGGCUCUGAUGCUGGCCACCCACCUGAGGUUACUAGGUUGGUGGUUGGGUCUCUUCGUAGCUGCGGUCGUGCAGACAACUUUCUUCCUAACACUUAUCUAUAAACUUAACUGGCAGAAUGUCGCCAAGGAGGCCCAGGUUCGAGCUAGAAAGAGAUUGUCUGUGACAUCACAGCGCAAUUCUAAACCUCUCUUACCAAACAUCCCAGACUGUCCAAAAACAACCCCGGAGGAGGCCGGGGGGGUGCCCGCAGCGGUCCGGUACAGACCAGUCAGCUCCGGGGAGCCGCCGGAGGGCAAGGACGAGGCCGGCCGGACGGCGGAGAUGGAAUCAGACCCGGCGGUGGCGCCCGCGCUCCUCUCUGGCACCCAGCUGGUGCUGCGGCGGGGGCUGGCCCUGCUGCUGGUGCUGGUCCUCCUGUUCAUUGGCAUGGCGGCCUACUUCGCUUUCCCGGCCCCGGAGCCCACGGCUCUGCCCGGGGGCAACCUGACCGCGGCCUGGGACGUCAACGCCACCAUGACCCCCACACCGUGGUUGAUAAGCAGCGCCGCACCAGAGGCGGCGGUCUAGGGCGUGCUCAAUGCACUUUUAUACGUGGAGGAAAGAACAACCCCUUUUGUUAUUUUGUGCAGUAGUUUCUAUGCAGCAGUCAAAAUUGAAUGAUCAUAUUGUGCAGACAUACUUUUUCAACUAUUCUGUAAAUAUCGAUUUUUUUCUUCUUAGCUCAUGAGGGAUUUUUCUUGACACAGUUUAACUUUGAAUGUGAAGGGUUGCUUGAAUUCCAUUAAAUCAUGCCCUUUCCUGUGUUAUAUUUUGAAUAU